UUUCAGUGGGACAGGUGUCUUUUACCAAGCGAUGCCAGCUGUGGGAACCGAUGGAAGAAAUGUUAUGAAACUGAUCCCUGUUCAAAAGGUCAACGGACAGUUUGUUCGAUCACCAAUGGGCACUAUAAAGGACAUCGCUGAACCUAAACGAGACCAUACCUCGAACGCUCCAUCAAUUUCGAAGAGUAACAUAUCUAUUUCGGCACCCACAGCUAAAGAACAAUUUGUGAAUAAAAGGCCAUUUUACAUGAGUACCUCUCCAAAUCCAGCCAAUCUAACAGGAAUAUAUCCUUCAGUGCGCAUCCAGACUCCUAUAGUAACAACAAAAGUUGCCCAAAGUGCAGGAGCCUUGACAUCACCUGAGCUUACCUGUGGGAAGACAGUUGGCCUAACACUUAUAAAUAAGAAAAAGCUGCCAGUCACUGUGAAAUCCCCAGCGCUUCCAAAUGGUCAAUACCUUCAAAUUCCCACUAAUGCACAAGUCAAAACCCUCCCAGCAUCCGCACUCCCCCCAGCCAUAAAGAGACAGAUAUUUACUUCAUCAACGACCUGUGCCUCAAAUUCGCCAAUGGUUCUUUAUGUGUCCCCUGUCCAAACCAUGAAGCAUAAUUCUGUACCAGCAUCUCCGAAGUCAGUCCCCUCACUCAGCCGACUUCCAAGGUCAUCUGGCCAAACACUUUCUACAUCCUCUUCAACAGGCUCAACACAGUGUUCUACUACUGCCAAGGAUGGCAAAAGACCGGUCACUCCUAUUAAGUGGGUGAUUGAGGAGGCGGAUGGCUUACCUGCACCAUGCCUUGUUCCUGUGAAUUCCUCUUCUAUGACCUCAGAUAUCCUGAAAACUCUGGCAGAGAUGGAAAAAGCCACCAAAAUGUGUGAAAACACAGCUAAAAAGUCUUCACCUUCCCAAGAGAGUCAGACAAAAAUUGGACAAGAGAAGGACAAUGCCUUAGUGAUGUACAAUGGGAAGGUGUAUUAUGUGGCCAACAAAACCCCUGAGCUUUGUAACCGACCAUCAAAACCCUUGGAGGCCAGAAGGAGCAUGGGUACCUCCUCCACACAGGCAACGGAAAGUGUUGGAUUCAAUCAGAGAAUCAGCUUACCGCCCUCCCUACCCUCGUGCUCCUCAUUUGGAUCACAAUUGUCAAAUAAAACCAGACCAGACCCAAAAUACAUUGUCAUACCAGAUGAAAUCAUUGACCUCUGUGACGAUGAUUCCCAGGAUGACCUCACGUGCCAGGCAAUAUCAACAAGGGAUGUAACCAGGCAACUUUUCAGACAGUCUGAAGUUGAUGAGGACAAAGACUCCAAUGUAAUAUUUGUCUCAUACCUUCCACCCAAAGCGGUGCCUAAAGUAGGUGAAGGAGACAAAGAAAUGGCUCAUAUGCUGGAUGACUUGGAAGCUGAACAAGAAAUGGUACGUAGUCAAGAUAAUUUGAAAGGCCAGGUAGUGGAUAGUCAGAACAAAGUAUCUGGCCUGUCAAUAAAAAGGUGUCAGAACGUUGGUACUACCCAAGACAUGGCAGGCUGUCAAGGUAUUGCAACAGGCCAAGAGUUGAACUCCCGUCAGCAAAACAUCACUGGUCAGGUCUGGAAAAGACCGCACAUGGAAGGAUUUCAUGGCAGUGCAACUGGACUCAGAAUUGAGAACAUUCAGAGUGGUGCGACCAGCCAGGAAAUGGGAAGCAGUCAGCCCAGUGCCUUCACCCAAGAAAUUGGGAACAUCCAGGAUGAUGCCACUGACCAGGGCAUUGGAAAUAGUCAGCAGAAUGCCUCCACUCAAGAAAUAGAGAACAUUCCUGGAAGCAUCGCUCUCCAAACAGAAAUGGAGACACACAAAGAAAACGUAAGACAACCCACUACUCAGAUUACUACAUGAUCAGUAGGAUAGCUAAUAAGGUAAACUAAUAAGGUAAACUUUUAAUCUUGAUCAAUUUCAGAGUUCAUCAGAUCCCAUUCCUGAGCAGCGGGCUUCCAUGUUGGACCAGGAAUCCCUGGAAACUUGUGAUCGCCUGCUGAAACAGAUGUUUGGGAUCACAUCUGAUGUGAAGAUAUGUUUGAAGAGGAUAGAUUCUAAACCCAAGGCUAACCCUAUGGUGUUUCCUCAGAUUGGUACCACAAACAAACAUACCAUAGAGGCUAUUCGCAAAUUGUUACAGGGAUCAAUAUUUGUGACAAAAAAGAGGGUACACAAUGAAACACAGGUAACUGAUGAUUUUCAACUUUUCUAAAGCUUUCUAAUGGAUUUUGAACUGUAUAUUGAUAUUGCCUAUUAGAUUGUCAAAGUUGAGUUUGGAGACAGAAAGUCCACAUUGUUUUACCAUUCAUUAGAACAGCAUUUUCCAAGAUGCUAUUACUGUAUUUCCCACUCUGAAAUUAAACACCUUGUUUUCUCACAGGUCUCUGCCACAAGGAACAAUGAUAGUUGCCCAAAAGAUGCUAAAAGACAGAAAAUAGAAAAAGUUGAAAAUGCAUCUGAAAGUUCAGAAAAUCCAGAAUCCCUUACCAGUCCAACUCCUCAGCUGAACAUGUUAUCUGAUGGUGAACAGAUAUUUGUUCAUGAGGAACCGACUGUCAAUGAUUUAAUUUCCACCACAGAUGAAACAGGGAUCCCUUCCAAACUUCUGCCAGAUAUUGAUCUGGUACAUAUUUCAAAACGAAGCUCCAACUCACCCGUUCCAUCUGUCUACCCACAAACAAACACUGAAGCUAUGGAUUGCGCUCCUGGGCCCUGCUGUGGUACAGCAAGCAACAUAAAGCCAAACUCUAGAAGUAGAAGAAGGGGAAAAGGGAGAAGAUGCACUGUGUGUCCAUGUGAGGUGACUGGAACACAAGUACAAGUCAAAGCAAUGUGCUCAUCAUCCACUUCACAAGAGGAGCCUGGUUCAUCUAAACCACUAAACACCAAGUCCUCAGGGAACCAUAACAGUGCAAUUGCAAAGUCGGUUAAACAAAAGGGGAGAAAGUCCACAAAGGCUCAAACGAAAGAUAAAGAGCCAGCAUCUAUGGAGAUCCAAUGUCCUUCAACUAUGAGUGAGCAGGGAAGUAGUACAGCUGGAGAGAUCCCAACCAGUUAUCUCUGCUCUACAGCACCCAUGGACCCUGAAGAAAUCAAGCGUCAUGAGAGAAUCAAACGACUGAAAGAUCUCUUGAAGGAGAAGGAAGCUGCUCUUGAGAUGAUUAGAAAGAACGUGGGCUGAGUUGGAGAGGACUGAAUCACUUUCCAAAUUCCACAGUGUAUUUCACAACUUCAGCCUUGUAGAACUCUUGUUUUAAUAAUCAUAUUUAUGUAAUUUAAGUUUUAUUCCCUGCAGGAAAUUCACUUAUUUUCAGUAUUGAAUGUUUAAUUCCAAAAUACAAUAAUUCGGGCAAUGAAAUGUAACUAACUUUCCUGUUUUUCCUAGUGGAUAAGGGUAUUGAGAAAAUAUAUUGAUGCAUUGACUAAGCAUCUUAAGAUGUUUUAGAAAAUAUUUACAUUUUACAGACUAGCAUUUUCCAAUGUUUGUAUUUCUGCCUUUUCAGCUUUUGCACAGUGUUUCUAUAUUUGUUCUGCAAAGAUGGAUCACAAUGCUAUCUUCAAACUGCAUACAGAUACUUGUUGGCUUCCUUAAGAGUAUUUUAUUUUAGAAUGGACUAAUGUAAUAUUUACAUUUGGUUAGUAGGCAUAAGUGUUUUUCUGUCUACAAAUGAAAAUACUGUAACUCAAAACAUUUCAUAAGUCAUGUGUUGUAGGAGUAAUCCAGGACUCCAAAGGGAAUAUUUCAAUUGCAUACUCCUCUCUCAUCUCCUCCAAAACCCAUUGGAUGAAAAAGCCAGAGGUCCCGCCCCUCUGACCUUCUCCUCCGAUAGGUGUUGAGAAGGAGACAAGGGACUUCAUCACCAAGGACAUCAUCCUGACAAUUUACCACACCAUGAUUACAACUCACCUGGACUACUGUGCCACAGUAUGGCUUCCAACCCUACAUCAGUGCAAUAAGACCGGUCUCAACCAGCUACAGCGUAUCAUCAACAGGGCUGUUCGUAUCGACCGGGCAUUCACAGAGGGAACACAAAGACAGAGGUUCUUCUGCAAAAAGAUGGAAUCGAACCACUGAAGGUCAGGAUCCAUUACAACACCCUAGUGACUGUUUUCAAGGCGACACAGCACAAACUGCCUGAAUAC